GGGAGCCGCCCGCGACCGAGGGCUGCGGACGUCCGCGCCCGCCGCCGCGCGGGGCGCGCUUCCGUGUCCGCCUCGUCCGGGGGGGGGGUGCCCGCCGUGCCGGGGCCCGCAGUGCCCUCUCCCCGGGGCGCCCACUCCCUUCGGCCUGGCCGCCUUCUCGGGGAAGCCCCGGCGCCCAGCGUUCGGGACCCCCCCCCCCACCCCCUCCCGACCCCUGGAGGCCGCCCGGCGGCGCCCGUCCCGGGAGGGCCGCGUCUCUCCUGACCGGAGCCCCCUCAGCGGGCACCUCGCGUGACUUCCCUCCCAGCCCGCCUCUGACACCGGAAUGUCCGGGCAGCUCUGCCGAGGGCGGUUCGCCGGCGGGCACCCGAGCCGGCCCCCCGGCCCCCCGCCGACAGCCGCGGCGGGAGCGCCCUCCCGCGGGGCCCGCGGGGCAGCGGCCGGGCAGCGGAAUGGCCACGCAGGGCCUGGGUUCCCCCAGCGUGGCAUCGCGGCGGGGAUGCGGGGCCGCACCAUGUCUGGGCCCCGGACCCCAGAGCCAGCCCUCGACGGGCAGGGAGACUCCCCCACGGGCUCGCGGGAUGAGGAGGCGGCCGGCGGGAUGCAGUGCUCGCAGCGCAUGCUCAGCUUCAGCGACGCGCUCCUGUCCAUCAUCGCCACCGUGAUGAUCCUGCCUGUGACCCACACGGAGAUCUCCCCGGAACAGGAGUUUGACAGGAGUGUCCAGAAACUGCUGGCCACCAGGAUCGCCGUCUACCUGAUGACCUUCCUCAUCGUGACCGUGGCCUGGGCAGCACACACGAGAUUGUUCCAGGUUGUUGGGAAAAUAGACGACACACUUGCCCUGCUCAAUCUGGCCUGCAUGAUGACCAUCACGUUUCUGCCAUUCACAUUUUCCCUGAUGGUGACCUUCCCCGAGGUGCCUCUGGGCAUCUUCCUGUUCUGCAUGUGCGUGAUCGCCAUCGGGGCCGUGCAGGCGCUGAUUGUGGUCUACGCGUUCCACUUCCCCCACCUCCUGAGCCCUCAGAUCGCACACUCCGCCCACCGCACCCUCUACCGGCGGCACAUCCUGGGCGUCAUCCUCCCGGGCCCGGCGCUGUGCUCCGCGGCCGCCGGCUUCUCCCUGUUCUGCUACCCGGUGUCGUACCUGCUGAUGGCCGCCGUCAUCUUCCUCCCCUACGUCAGCAAGGCGGCCGGCUGGGGCAGAGCCAGGCUUGGCGGUAGGUGCCGGGCGGGGCUGGCGUUGGGUGGCGGGGCCGCCGCCAGGGUGCGCGGGCCCCCAGCCGUCCCUCCCCCUGGCCCGCCCGCAGGCCCCAGGGAGCCCCCGGCUCACAGCCUGGAGGUCUUCACCUUCGACCUGCAUGAGCCGCUCAGCAAGGAGCGAGUGGAGGCCUUCAGCGACGGGGUCUACGCCAUCGUGGCCACGCUGCUCAUCCUGGACAUCUGUGAGGACAACGUCCCGGACGCCAAGGACGUGAAGGAGAAGUUCCAGGGCAGCCUGGUGGCAGCGCUGGGCGCGUCGGGGCCGCACUUCCUGGCCUACUUCGGCUCCUUCGCCACGGUGGGCCUGCUGUGGUUCUCCCACCACUCACUCUUCCUGCACAUCCGCAAGGCCACGCGGCCCAUGGGGCUGCUCAACACACUCUCGCUGGCCUUCGUGGGCGGCCUGCCCCUAGCCUACCAGCAGACGUCGGCCUUCGCGCGGCAGCCCCGCGACGAGCUGGAAAGCGUGCGCGUCAGCUGCGCCAUCAUCUUCUUGGCCAGCAUCUUCCAGUUCGCCAUCUGGACCACGGCGCUGCUGCAGGAGGGGGAGACGCUGCAGCCCUCGGCACGGUUCGGGGGUCGAGAGCACGCCUUCAUGUUCGCCAAGCUGGCACUGUACCCCUGCGCCAGCCUGCUGGCCUUCACCUGCACCUGCGUGCUCAGCAGGUUCAGCACGGCCAUCUUCCACGCCAUGCAGAUCGCCGUGCCCUUCACCUUCCUCCUGCUGCGGCUCCUCGUGCGCCUGGCGCUGGCCGGCCUGCGGGGCCUGCGGGGGCUGGCCCUGCCCGCACAGGCCCGGCCAGCACGCGGGGCCGUGGACGGCGCGCGGUCCCCGCUCCUCCCUGCUCCCUGCUAGUGCGGCCCAGCCCCGGGCUGGGGUGCACGUGUCCGGCCGGCGGCCCGGCCCCGGGUCUUGUUUUCUGCGGGAGGUUGGCCCCUCCGGUUGUCUGUGCUGUUGCAGAGAAGAGUCUCACAGGAGCUUC